UCCGAUAAAGAAAAUAUGUAAAAUUGGUCAAGUAAAUUGAAUCGAAUUGAAAAUACGUCAAUUAGAAUAUCAAUAUUAAUAGGAAAGUUCGAUUAGAAUUGGUGAUACUAUGCCGAUUGGGCGCGCAUAGUCGAUCGAUAACGUCCACGUCCACGUCCACGUCCACGUCCACGUCCACGUCCAAGUUGGAAACAUUUAAUUAUCCCGAGGAUCCGUUAGAAAAUAGCCAAUUAACAAGACAAUUACAGGCUCUACGCAAAUUCACCAACUCCUAAUUCGUUUGCGGUAUUACUGAACCGUUACUCGCAGCUUCGUUAAAAGUAACCUUCUUGGUUCUCUCGAUUUUUCGAUAGAAGACAUCAUCUUUUGUUGCGAUCAAAUACUAAAGUAAAAUGAAAAAUGGGGGAAUCAUCUUUAUUCUCUUUGUGUGUUCCAUGUGCUUGGCACAUGGGUCAAGGGUGAAGAAUAUCACCCAUGGCGUAUCAAGGCACAUUCGAUCUAUCGGAUUUCCCGAGGGUAGCGGUAUGGGGAUAUUUUUUGCUCUUGGCGUACCCCUCGAUAUACCCAAUAAAUCCAUAUUAUUUUCCUAUUACUUCGAGGCAAAUUAUGGUCUACCAGGCGAUUGGAAUUCGAGUUAUUACACCGAAGUGGAACAUUUGAAAAAGAAACGAAAUCUCGAUAGACGAUUAGCCUAUGAUAUUAUAUCUAAACAAUUAGAAAGUAAUGGCUAUUCGAGACAAGAUUGUUUGCUGAAAACAAUUUGCGAAGUCGCUAAAUAUUCGUUGAACGGUAACGGACUUCUCGGUGAUAUCAUUAGGAUUUUAUUCGCACCUUCCAGUUCGCAAGACGAAAAUCUUCCAAAUGAGAUAAUUGAAGCAGAAUUCGAGGAAAAUUGCAAUCGACGGUACAAGGACUGUGCUAAGAGUCUUUUGGAUAUCAUAAGUCCUUUUCUACAUUGAUAACGUGGAAAGAGAGAGAGAGAGAGAGAGAGAGAGAGAGAGAGAUAAGGGAAAAAACAAAACUUUAAUUAAAUUAUUUGUCGCCUUUUGAAAAGAU